AUGGUCUUUAAGCCGUUCACCCAUCUCGCGCGCCAGAGUUUCACCAAAGCCUUCACCCAUGGCUAUGCUCAGUCGGUCGUCGCCGCGUCGCAGACCUACGCGUCGUCCACCACCCUAAACCAAUUCGCCCUCCAGCCCGCCAAGUUCUCCCGCACUCAACUACAGAAUGCUUUCUCGAACGCCUCCAGUUCGUCUGGCGCCGGCGCCAAGGCGAGCCAAGGGAGCGGUGGUAAUGGCGACUUUGGGUUAGCCGCCUACUACGCCGCCUGGCAGCACGCCCAGCAGACCGGCGACGAUACCGACUGGCGCCAGUUCCAGUUCAAGCGUCGCAUUGGCUGGAAGCCCUCCGAGGAAGUUGAGGAUGCGCGAGACGAGCACAUCCCUUCGCCCGAACUCCCACACCCGACCAAGGCGGCCGUAAACGAGAAUGUCAGCGCGCAGGUUGAGGAGGCCGUUGCUCGGGAGAUUCAGAUUCAGGAGGAGCAGGCACAAGCGGAGGAGUCAUCCAAGGUGACCGAGGUGGCGGCCGAGUCGGCUGCCGGGUCGGCUAUUGAGGAUGUGGUAAUCUCAGAGGCGAUGUCGGAGGAGAGCAAGAUCGCUUCAGACCGUAUUGUGCAACUGGCCACAGACGAAAGUUACUCUGAGAUUCCUGCAGCGUUCGAAUACAUCCUCCGUGAGGGUCUGACCCCGACCGUGGAGGCAUACAAUGCCCUCCUGGUUGCGGCCAUCCGCCUCCACCCCGAGGCCGCCCAGGCCAUCCCCAAGGCCCUUGAUGUGUACUCUGAUAUGCUUCGCCGCAGGGUAAUCCCCGACGAAGACACCUACCAGACCCUCGUUCAACUGUUGGUCACCCAGGCACACGACACGAUCCAGGCCAAGCAGGUGCUUGAACAGGAACGUGUUCGCUAUGGUGGCAUGGAGGAGCCGGGCAAGUUCAUGCUGCAGUCCAGCGAACUGGAGCGCGACAUUCUUACCGAGGAUCACUCCCUCUCUAUCGCCAUGAAGCUCUUCGACACUGCCACGACCCGCCACUCUCGUCUCGUGUUCCCGCUCGACCUGUACCGGCAACUCAUCAUUGCUUGUGCUCGCGAGGGCAAGGUCGAGGACAUGAUCCGCAUCUACUCUCACAUGGAGAUGCAGAAGGUGACACCUCACGCGACCAUCUUCCCCUUCAUGAUUGAUGCAUUUGCUGGCACUGGCGAUCUCUCGAGUGCGGUUGAGUGCUACAACGAGUACCGCAGCCUGGCUGUUUCGGACGACAAUGGUGUGUUCAGCAUUGUCAAGCGAUUAGACGGCCAAGUCUACGCUGCUGUCAUCCGCGCUUAUCUGUCUUGCGGCAAGGAGGAGGGUGCCAUGCACUUCCUUGACCGGAUCCGCUCCUCAUUCGACGAGGUGACUGAGAACCGCGAGGGCCGCUGGGCCGCUGUGGAGGCCGUGAUUGUCCAGGACGCGCUCGUGCAGCACUCUUUGAAUGCUGGCGAGCACGCCAAGGCCCUUGAUCAGGCCAAGGAUCAAUUGCACGAUGCGGCUCGCGAUCAGGCGAUUUCCCGGAUCUGUGUUGCUGCGGCGGACGCCGGCGAUCUCACCACCGCCUCCGAAGCAUACGACCGUCUGUCCCCCUCGCCUGAUACGCGCCAGCCCCCCGCCAUCUCAUUGCUCGCCCUUCAUGUCCGUCGGGGCAAUGUUUCGGCGGCCCGUUCCUUGUGGAUCAUGUUGAACACAGUGGGUCAGGCAACCCCGGAUAUGGUCCAGCCGACCGCUAUGUACACGGUUGCGUUGUUGAAGAGCGGCCAGGUCGAGGAGGGCCUGGGCGGGGCUCGCAACAUGUUUGCCCGUAUUCGCAAUGCCUCUGUCAAACAGGGUGCUGUCGUUCCUGCCACUGUUCGUGAGCAGGUCACUGAAUCGCUUCAUCUCUUCGGCCGUGUCCUCAUGCAGACGGCCGCUGUUCUCUCGCCCCAGGCUUCUAUGACUCUUUUGUGGUCGAUGGUCGAAAAUGGCGGCCUGGUGUCUCCUCUCGCUGAGCACGCUGUCGCUAAUCUGGGACCUAUGGGUAUCUCGCAGUUGAAGCCGGCUGACCUCACCCUGGCCCUCCAGGUUCAGGCUGGUAUGCUGGCUAAUAACAGCGCUAUGCUCUUUGAUGUUGCUCACCCGAUCCGCUUUGCACACAUGCUCGACGUGGCUCUGUCCACUGCCCUACCCCUGGAUGCUUACACCACCGGUCUGGUGGACCAGGCUGUCGCUAAGCUCUUUACUAGCCACCCCGAUGUCGUCAAGAGAUGGCAGGAUCACCUGGAGAGGUCCUCUGAGACCUCCUUCCUGUCCGACCGCCGCAGCCCUGUCUCCAGGGCGGACACCAACAUCACGACACCUUCUGUGAGCCCGGAUUCCUUCGACCCUCAUGCCCAUGCCACCGACUUCCGCGGCUCUGCCAUCAUCGCCGAUGAGCUCGAGAAGACCGCCGGCCGCGCAGAGACCCACCUCAACGAAGCCUUGAUCCGCCUCAAGAACAUGCGCCGUAUCGGCCGUCACCCUCGCUACAUCACGUACGCGAAACUGAUCACCGCCGCUGCCAAGUUCGGUCGUAUGGAGUUGGUCCGCGACAUCCACGCCAUGGCGCGCGCCGAUGUCCCUCUGGACCCAGCUUACAAUGCUGUCAAGUACGGCUGGGUUUCCAUCAUUGAUGCCAUGAUCGCUGCCUGCCUCACCCUUGGGGAUCGUCACCAGGCUGGCCAAUACCACCAGGAGCUUUUGGAUCUGGGCUCAGCACCCUCCGCCAACACCUUCGGCCUAUACAUUACCACCCUGAAAGAGUCGACCAAGACCUUCGACGAAGCCACCGAGGCCCUGAAGAUCUUCCACCGUGCCGUCGCCGAAGGCGUGGAACCCACCUCGUUCCUCUACAACGCUCUCAUCGGCAAGCUUGGUAAAGCUCGCCGCAUCGACGAUUGCCUUGCGUACUUCGCAGAGAUGCGCGCCAAUAACGUCCGCCCGACAAGCGUCACCUACGGCACGAUUGUCAACGCCCUGUGCCGCGUCAGCGACGAGCGCUUCGCCGAGGAGAUGUUCGAGGAGAUGGAAUCCAUGCCCAAUUACAAGCCACGUCCGGCGCCGUACAAUUCCAUGAUCCAGUACUUCCUCAACACGAAGCGCGACCGCUCUAAGGUUCUGGCCUACUACGAGCGCAUGCAGGCCCGCAACAUCAAGCCCACCAUGCACACCUACAAGCUGCUCAUCGACGCCCACGCAUCCCUCGAUCCCGUGGACAUGCCCGCCGCCGAGCGCGUCAUUGCCGAGAUGCAAGCGGCCGGUUCCCAACCCGACGCCGUGCACUACGCCUCGCUGAUCCACGCCCAGGGCUGCGUCCAGCACGACCUCCCCGCCGCGCGCAAGGUGUUCGAUGCGGUCCUCGCGGACCGUCGCGUGCGCCUCCAGCCGUGUCUGUACCAGGCGCUCUUUGAGGGAAUGGUAGCUACCAACCACGUGGCUGAUACCGAAGAUAUCGUUCGUGGCAUGAAGCAGCGCCACGUUGAGAUGACCGCGUACAUCGCCAACACGCUCAUUCACGGCUGGGCCGCCGAGGGCAACGUCGCCAAGGCCAAGACCAUUUACGAUAGCAUCGGCAUCGAUAAGCGCGAACCUAGCACCUACGAGGCUAUGACUCGCGCAUUCCUUGGUGCUGAUGAGCGCGCCGCUGCGGCUGGCAUCGUCCAGGAGAUGAUGUCGCGCGGAUACCCGUCCGCUGUGGCGAACAAGAUCAUCGAUCUGGUUGGUUCUGUGCCGUCUAUCUAG